UAUUGUGUGUAAAAAGGCAUGCAAUUCGGUCAUUUGAUUUUUUUACGUUUUUCUCAAACUCUAUAUUGCACAGUAAAGAUUUUACGAUGCUUCAGAUGAAAUUUGCUUGUUUACUUUUUACAUUUGUUCGUGCUAUAGAUGAACAAUACACAGAACCGUGUCUCAAUGAUAAUGACGAAGCUCUAAUAACGAGCAUGAGACAGACGAUGCUAGCAUUGAAUGAACAGAUGCAAGUUCUGGAAACAAACUUAAAAAAAAAAUCUACAAAUGGAAUCCUCCAGGUAAAUUGUCCAAGUGGUUGGAAGCACUAUAGCGGACACUGCUAUUACUUCAACGGCGAUAACAUGUCUUGGACAAGCGCAAAAAAUGUGUGUAAUAAAAAGGGUGGUCACUUAGUUAAGAUCGAUGAUUCGUCAGAAAGCCUUUGGAUUAUAGAAGUUAUGAAAGGAUCAGGAUUAAAAAGUGUGUGGAUUGGCGCAAACGAUAUAUCUAGAGAAGGCAGCUGGGUGUGGGAAUCAGACCGAUCUACAUUGACAUUCAGUGACUGGAACAAAAAUCAGCCUGACAAUGGUUAUGGCGCAGAAGACUGUGCGCAUAUAAACAUGUACAGUAGUAAUUCCUACCACUGGAAUGAUUUCCCGUGCUCGAGUCGCGCAGGAUAUAUCUGUGAAAGGGUUUAAGUUCAGAAACUGAUACGAUUCUACAGACGCCAACAGAUACCGAUAUGUACUAGUUUAUUCUUUUGUACCAUGUAUAUACGUAGCCAAGAGACUUCCAAGGUGCAUGCGCACAUAGUCUAUAAUUUUAUUUCUGA